UUUUUUUUGAGGGGAUAAAAUUGCCUAGAUUGAUAAUGAAGUGGAAAUGUAGUGUUAAAGUCAUGAGAUUCAUUUAAAUUUCACACCAACUAUGGAUUUGAUUUAAUUGUGUAUUUUAUCCCAAUUAAAUGCAAAUUUCCAAGUAUAGAGUCUACCUAAUUUGUUUGAGCCUUUGAGGAGAGGGUACACUCCCUAUUCCCUAGCCCAACCAUUAUGGUUUAGUAGUUGGACUUAAGUCUUAACCCUGAUCAACAAACACUGUUUAGUAAUACAAGUAAUAAUAAAAUACUGGGUUACUGUGUAAAUGGGUACAGUUGAACUUUAUUAAAUACCACUGGUCUUAAAGUCAGUGAAAUAAAUAUGAGUAUGAUAAUUGAUUUUUUUUUUUUUGAAUUAUUAAACUUGUAUGAGAUUUUUUAAUAAGUGAGGUUGAAUUGAUGAAGAAAGAGGGUGUAUGCUGGGAAAGGAAAGAGAGAGAAGACGAAAAGAGCAAUGAAAUGCAAGCACAUCGAACCCAGAUUACUACUUGUUCAACUUCCAAUUCUUUCUGGGAAUUCCUUAAUUAAUUAUCCUCAGUAGCAUCACUCAUUUGCUGCUAUAGCAUCCGUUACUCGUUUCAAACAAAUUCAACAAAUUCAUUCGUUUUCCCACUUCUAAUUACUACCCACUUUGUUCUGCAAUGGACUGUGCAAUCCAGAGGUGGAGCUUCAACUAUAGUAACAAUGGAGUUUUGAUUUGAUUUGAAUUGAAUUGUUCGAAGAAGAGGGUGAAUGAGUGUGAGGGGAUCUUAUUUAGGGUUUACUACAAAUGGAAUCGAGAAUGGAUCAGUACGAGAUCAUGGAGCAGAUUGGUCGCGGUGCUUUCGGAGCCGCCAUUCUUGUCAAUCAUAAAUCAGAGAAGAAGAAAUACGUUUUGAAGAAGAUUAGACUCGCUCGCCAAACUGAGCGAUGUCGUCGAUCCGCUCAUCAAGAGAUGUCACUAAUUGCACGAAUUCAACACCCUUACAUUGUUGAAUUCAAAGAAGCUUGGGUUGAAAAGGGAUGCUAUGUUUGCAUUGUAACGGGUUAUUGCGAAGGUGGAGACAUGGCUGAGUUGAUGAAAAAGGCUAAUGGUACUUCUUUUCCUGAAGAGAAACUUCUCAAGUGGUUCACACAAUUACUAUUGGCCGUUGAGUAUCUUCAUUCAAAUUAUGUCCUUCAUCGAGACCUUAAAUGUUCAAAUAUUUUUCUGACAAAGGAUCAGGAGGUUCGUCUUGGUGAUUUUGGGCUUGCUAAAACUCUCAAGGCAGAUGAUCUAGCUUCAUCUGUGGUUGGAACUCCUAAUUACAUGUGUCCUGAACUUCUGGCAGACAUACCUUAUGGCUUUAAAUCUGAUAUUUGGUCCUUAGGCUGCUGUAUGUACGAGAUGGCAGCUCAUCGACCGGCGUUUAAAGCUUUUGAUAUGGCAGGAUUAAUUAGCAAGAUAAAUCGAUCUUCUAUGGGUCCCUUGCCUUCUUGUUACUCUCCUUCAAUGAAGACUCUGAUCAAGGGAAUGCUACGCAAAAAUCCUGAGCACCGCCCAAGUGCAUCCGAGAUUCUGAAGAACCCUUACUUACAGCCUUAUGUCAACCAAUACAGAUCCUCUAAUUUUCCAUCUCCUGGGAAACUUCGUGAAGCAAGGAAACCCAUGAUUGAGAGCCAAAACAGUAGCAGUUCUUGCAGUGAUAAAGAUAGUUCUGUAUCAACUGAGAAGAACAUUCCAGUCAUGGUUUACUGUGAGAACAAGGCUACUGAGACAGAUAUUGCAUCUGAUGAUGAUGUAGAUUAUGAGCAUCCAGCUCAAAGUGAUGCAGAGCAAUGUGUUGCUGAAUGUGUGGUCAGUGUGCAUGAACAAGACAAGAAAUCUGCUAAUACUGAGCCAAAAUCCAGCAGUGAGAUAAAGCAACCAAAGAUCAUAAAAAAUAUACUUAUGAACCUCAGGGAAGGUAAAACUAGAGAGAACAGCUCUCCUAUGCGAAGCAACAGAGGAAGAACUGUGCAAAGAACUAACAUUGAAGCAUCACCUAAAGUCUCCAAGCCCACUAUUGUUCCUCCUACUGUCAAACCUGCUGAUUUUAAUUCGGUUGUGCCAGCAAGGACCAGUCCAGAUUCUAUGAAAAGAGUUCAUGCUUCAUCUCUGAGACAUCAGUCGCCCGUUAUUGAAUCCUCACCUAAGACUAAGCCCAGACAUGAAGUAGUUUCUUCUCCCGGAUCCAUCAAACAAGCUGCUGAAGAAGGAAUUGCUUCUAGGCCAAGGCAAAAAACUCCUCCUACCAAUGUAGUUAGACGGUCUUCCUUUCCAGGGAGAAUAAAGCAAGCAAGUCAAGAAAUUCCAAAUGCAGUAACUGAUUCCAUUAAGGUGGAUACUGGUGAAAUGGCUCAGGAAUCUGAGAGCAUUGGUUUGGUGAGCAAGACCUCUUCAACUCAUGCUCCAGAGGUUACAAAGCAUGAAUCAGGAAGAGGUUUAAAGGUGCCUCGAAGAGUAACACGAGCUGAUAGCAGCAAUUCUGUCUCUUCCUCUGUGUCCAUGCAAGCAUUUGAACUCUCUGAUGAUGCGACAGCCCCCUUCCAGAGUUUAUUGGAGCAGACUACCCAUGAUUAUGAGGUAAUAAGCCACUCUGAAGAAUCUGAACAGUGUGGCUCCCAUAGGCCUAGCAGUGCAUCUGCAGCCAUUUCGUACAGCAAUGCAACUCAUCAUCAACCUACAGUGACUGAGGCUGAACAGUUUGAAUUGCAUCGCCCAAGCAGUGCUUUUGCAUCUGUUAUGCACCACAAGAUGCCUGAAAAUAAUUUUAGCAAGGCAGUGAACCUUCCCCAACUGUAUGAUUCGCAUCAGCCAAGCAAUGCUUCUGCUUCCUAUUUGUUCCCUGAGAUUCCUGAGAAUAACUCAGGAAAGGGUAUUUGUGAUUAUGGGAUAAAAAAGCGUGUUGAAUUAGACUUACGUCGUCCAAGCAAUGCAUCUUCAUCCCAUAUGUAUCCUGAGAUGUCAGACAAUGUUGCUGGGAAAUAUCAACUACAUGAUGGUGAGGCUGAAUUAUGCUUUGUUGAGACAUUUUCCUUUCCUUCUGGCUCUCCUUCUGGCACAGACAAGAAUUUAUCAAGAGAUGCCUGUGGACUUAUUAAGCCCUCGUCAUAUAUAACUGAUGCCAAAGGCUCAGAUGCAAACCCUGAGUAUCAAAAUGUUGGUUCUGGUGACGUAGGUAUUAAAGCUCAUGCAUCAUUAAAACGUCCAUGUCGGAGUUCUCAGGAUGUUUUGGAUGUUGAUUCUGGGCCUUCUGAUAAUGUGGGUAGUGAAGCUAAUACAUCAUUAACGAACCCAUAUAGGAGUCCUGAAGAAAUUUCAGUAUAUAAAGAUUACUUUUCUCCCAGCAGGUCUGGUGGUAGAUCAGAUCCUAUGCCUAGCUCUAAUCCUGUGUCUCCAUCACAAGGUGAUGACAAAUUCACAGUAAAGGAAUUCUUGUCAACAGAGGGAAAAGAUAAAGUAGCUUCAAAUAAAACUAUAUCUUCAUCCAACCAAAAUACAUCACCUGAAAAAGCUCCUGCUCCCUGUAUACCUCCAGUUUUUGAGGAUGUUGUACAUGUCACUCGGCAUGGUAGUUUCCAGGGAGGAAGUGAGCAGCCAUUUAUUGAAACUGUUGAAAGAAAGAUGGAUGUCGGCACACUUGUCAAUGUUACUAGGGAAGAGAGAGAAACGAGCAAUGUGACUGCUCCUGUUUCUUUGCAGCCCUCGAAUUGCUCAUGGACUGUGACUCCAAGAUCAGAUUCCCCAAUAAGACUAGGUCUUUCUGAACCCACUGUGGCAAACUCAGAUACUCCACCGCAAGUGAAGUCCCAAUCAGGUGCAAAGGAAGGAGACUCUCCAUUUAAGGAAGUCAUGGAUGUUAAGUCUUUUAGACAGAGGGCGGAGGCUCUUGAAGGACUACUUGAAUUGUCGGCUGAAUUAUUGGAGCAAAGUAGACUCGAUGAGCUUGCGGUUGUCUUAAAGCCCUUUGGCAAAGAUAAGGUUUCCCCAAGGGAGACUGCCAUCUGGUUGGCUCGAAGUCUUAAAGGCAUGAUGAUUGAGGACUCCUCUCGGAAUUCAUGAGUUAGUUUCACAUUCAUGCUGGUAACCUUGUCAUUUCUUUUUAUCUUUGAGACAUGAGAAGACUUGACAGUGAGCGAACAAAAAAAUUGAUGUUUUAAAGCUUCACGACAUACUUGUGUAUUUUUUUUUAUGCAAGAGAUCUGCUCUCCGGGCAAUUUACUUCCAUCUCUGUUUCAUCGGGAAUCAAUAUACUGUAUGGAUGUUCUUCGUAAGUAUUGCGAAUUAUGUUAAAACUAGCUACUGAAAUUGUUGCCUUGGUCGACCUUGCAUCAAUUGCACGACCUCGAGCUGUUGAGCCAUCUGCCGUAUUGCCAUAACCCCAGCAAAUUUGGUACAAGUGUCAACACAUAAUAGUACUAAGCUAAUGGCAAAGCAUGAGGCCGCAUGACAAAUACUAUCCAACAGCAGUUAGUAUCGGGAGAGGCUGAUGGCCGUUAGAUUAGCCACAUUGCGUAGGAUAUGACCUGAGUCUUUUUUAUUACAAUCUAUGAACACUAGCAGGAGAGAUCUAGUAUCCAGCUAAUGAGAUCAUAUUGUUAAUGUGACCCUUUCUUUCAUAACUAUAUUUUCCUGAGAAAUAUCAGUGUUAAAAUGUUUCAUGUUGUAAAUCAA